AUGGAUCAACUCGAGGCGGAGGCUUGGCCUUACGGAGAGGAUGAUGUAGCAUCAAUUGACGAGAGACUUUCAAAUUACAGCGCAUCAUUGACGUCGAGUGUUGUCGACUAUCCUAUCGAGUACGGCCGUCGGUAUCAUGCAUUUCGCCCCGGAACAUACGCAUUCCCAAAUGAUGACUAUGAAAUGGACCGACUCGAUCUAGCUCACGCCAUGAUUGUCAAAACCAUUGGCAACAGACUUUAUCUCGCACCGCUGCAAAAGGAGAGAAUUCACAAGAUGCUCGACAUCGGGACGGGCACCGGAAUUUGGGCGGUGGAAAUGGGUGAUUUUUUCCAGAACGCAGAGAUCACCGGAAAUGACCUAAGUCCGAUCCAACCAGAAUGGGUUCCACCGAACGUGAAGUUCGAGGUAGACGACGUGGAAAGUGAUUGGGUUACGAGUAGAAAGUACGACUUCAUCAUGUGUCGGUAUAUGGCCGCGUCCAUCGCCGACUGGCCCAAGUUGGUGAAGAAUGUCUACGACCACUUAAAUCCGGGAGGCUUCGCCGAGUUUCAAGAGAUGGACACAGAGUACUACUCGGAAGACAGUACAUACACUGCGGCACUUGCUACCUGGACGUGGAAUCAGGCAUUCGUAAGCGCCUGCAGAAGCGUGGGUCGCGACCCCUCUCCGGCGGCUAAGAUCGAAAGAAUGGUGAAGGAGGUAGGUUUUAAUGGUGUCUACGCCCGGCAGUUCAAGUGUCCGAUAGGUCCCUGGCCGAGGGACCCGUACUACAAAGAUCUUGGAAUGAUGAACUUGGCGAUCACCUUGAAGGGCCUAGAGGCGUUUACUCUGAAGCUGUUUUGCGAUAUCUUGGGAAGAUCGCGAGUCGAGGUUGAGGUAGAGUUAGCGGCUGUUAGGAAGGAGUUGAAACAGGGGGAUAUGCAUUUGUUGUUCGACAUCUUUGUCGUAUACGGUCAGAAACCGGGUUAUGUUCACUAG